UGAGCUAGAAACGUGUGGAGAAGCACCAUGUGGAACAGUCUCCGCGGCCCAGAAUGAUGAAGCGUGUGGAAGAUGGAUGGCAGCACAAACUUGAGGUAAUCGUGGAAGAGUCAUGGGUCGGAACAAUGCAAGGAUAGGGUCUUUGGGGAACAAAUUAUGGUAAGGAGUUAAUUCAUUGGAACAUUAAAAUUAAAGAAUAAGGAGUAGAUAAAUCCCCAACGACGUGUGUCUUGACUACUUCCCUAACGACAUGGGUAGGCAGUAAAUAGUUCAAUAAGCCAUGCAGACCCUUUUGUUAUAUGUAUGUGGAUCCACACCCACAAACACACAGAGAGAGAGAGAGAGAGAGAGCGAGAGAGAGGACAUAACCUAAAAACCAAUGCUAAUGGGUGUAAGAGGAGAGGAGGGGAUGCUAAUGGGUGUAAGAGGAGAGGAGGAGAGGGAGGACGAGAGCAAGAAACACUUCAUCCUUGUUCAUGGGCUAUGCCAUGGCGCAUGGUGCUGGUACAAGCUUGCCACCUUGCUAACUUCAGCAGGCCACAAGGUCACCUGGCUUGAUCUCGGGGCUAGUGGGGUGCAUCCCAAGAACCUUGACGACCUCCGGUCAUUCACUGACUACUGGGAGCCAUUAAUGGAGAUAAUGGCUUCAAUACACCAGAUGACAAGGUGAUCCUCGUCGGCCAUAGCUUUGGUGGACUUAGCGUUGCCCUUGCCAUGGAAAAGUUUCCUGAGAAGGUCUCUGUCGGAGUCUUUGCCACCGCACUGAUGCCAAGCACCACCACUCCUUUGUCUAGCAUUAUGGAAGAGUUGUUCAAGGGGCAUCCACUUGAGGCCUACAUGGAUUCUAAAGUUAUGAUCAGCACGGAUCCCAAUAAUCCUUCAAGUUUUCUUCAUUUUGGCCCUAAAUAUAUGUCAUCCAGGAUGUAUCAGCUCACUGCACCUGAGGAUUUCAUGCUAGCAACUAUGUUAGUAAGACCAGGUAAUCUGUUCCUUGAUCAUAUUACAAAAGAAGUCAUGAUCACGGAAGAGAAUUUUGGGUCUUUAAGCCGAGCAUACAUCGUGUGCAAGGAGGAUAAGACCUUGAGAGAGGAUUUCCAACGAUGGAUGAUCGAACGAAGCCCAGGGGUGCAGGUGAAGGAGAUCGAAGGUGCCGAUCAUAUGGUCAUGCUUUCAAAGACCAACGAGCUCUACAGUAUCCUCCAAGAUAUUGCGAGGGAGCACCACUAAGUCAGUGGUGUGGUUCGGAGUUGAAAUGUGGUUCUAUGUGUGCUACUAUGCAAAAUAGCGACAUCCACCAAAUUACAAAAUAAUGAUGGAUGAACUCAUGGUUUUAUAUUCUGAUGCUUCAAUUAAUGAAUCGGUUUAAUAUUUUUUGUUUGCAAUAUUCCAGUUACUUUAAUGUGAUAGUUAAUUAAUUAUCCUUUUUCUUUA